AUGGUAGACGCCAUUCAGGUGAGUGUUGGAAAAGGUUGGAAGCUUGCUUAUGAUGUGGGUCGAUGGAACAUCACACAAGGAUUGCCCAUAGCGUUCUGGUCAAGUGCAAGCUCCAGCUCCGAAUAUAGUUCACCCUUAGUGGCUGAAAAGUUGGUUCACAAAGGUUGUGAAGCAUUUCUGGCUCUUGUGCAUAAUUUAGGUUCUAUAGAUUCAUCUGUUGGAGACAUUCGCACGAUUAAGGAGUUUCCCUAUGUUUUUCCUGAGGAGUUGCCUUGGUUGCCUCCGGAUAGGGAGAUCCAAUUUGGUAUUAAGAUUCUAUUGGGUACAGCUUCGGUGUCCAUUGCUCCCUACCGCAUGGCACCAAAGGAGCUUAUGGAAUUGAAGGCUUAA